AUGGCUUCUUCGCACACUUCUCAUGCCACAAGGCCGCUGCGCGUCGCGAUUGAAACUAGCAGGGCACCUGCCACAAAACCAGAGCUUAUGAGCCAAGGAAUCGUGGCAAAUGGUCUCGUGUAUACCUCUGGACAGGUUGGAAAAGAUCCGGCGAAAAAUGACCAGCUGGUCGAGGGUCCGAUCACAGCCCGGACGCAUCGUUGCAUCCAAAAUCUUACUGCGAUACUCGAAGCCGGAGGCUCCAGCAUCGGAGACGUUAUCGAGGUAAACAUCUUCCUGACUGAUAUGGCUCAGUACGGUGAAGUGAACCAAAUCUACCAACAAUACUUUGGCAACCUGAAACCAGCUCGCACAUGUGUCGCAGUGAAAACACUGCCUGGCAACACGGACGUUGAAAUAAAAUGUAUUGGAAUUGUGAGGCGCCACAAAGGAGAAAAGCAAGCAAAGUUGUGA